AUGGGUAAUAGCUAUACUCAUUUAGCUACUCAAGAUCCAUCUGAAUUACUUCCAUCUUCAGCAACGACCGGAAGGGAUACUUCGAAAUUACCGAAAUGGACUACACGAUUUAAUCCAGAUGAUCAAACGUCACAUAUCAAAGUAUGCCGAAGUAUCUCACAGGUGAAACAAAUGCGCCCAAUCAUACAACCUCCUGUCCAUACUGAUGCUAUUGGAGCAUUGGCACCAGUCAGGCCUGGCAUAGUAUUGAGCGGAGGCCGUGAUAAACUGAUAGCAUUGAAUAACAUGGAUACAGGAAAAUGUGUUCUACGAUGGUAUGGUCAUGAGAAGGAAGUUACCAAGAUUGCAUAUCGAAAUACAUUUGUAAAGCAUUUUAUUCUCAGUGGAUCAAGAGAUUCUCAAAUCAGACUUUGGCAAUUCGACAAUCCAAGUUCCAUACGAAUGUUUUCAGGACAUGAAAUGAGUAUCGGUGGAUUGGCCAUGAUUGAUCAAACGAGAUUCGUCUCGGGUGCACGUGAUGCCACUUUACGAUUAUGGGAUCUCGAAACGGGUAAUUGCUUGCGUGUUGCUCGACAUUCCAGAAAUUUGGUAACUCAUAUAUCACAUUGCAGCGCGAAUAAUCUCCUUGCUCAGUCAUCGGAAGAUAAACAAUUGAAAAUCUGGGAUGAUCGCAAUCUAUGCCUUGCAUUUCAGUUCCCAAAAAAAAUGUACAUGCUUACACAUUGUGAUUUUUUACCGGAUGGUAAUUACUGUAUUACAUCAAGUAAUGGUUUUAAUGGUGAUGGAUGCGAAAUUACGUUGUGGGAUAUCCGACAGCAAAAGAUGAUUCGUGAAUAUCGUGGACAUGAGGAAUCGGUGAGCUGUACUAUUUUUUUGCCACAGCAGGUAAUCUCGAAACGUAUACUAUUGAGUGUUUCCGCUGACCACACUGCUAAAUUAUGGAAUUUUGAUGAUGGAAAUUGUCUAUGGAGUGAAUUGAUACCGACAGCAUCUGAUCUAUUAGCAUGUGCAGGCUUCAAAGAUGGAAACAUUGUUGUCAGUGGAUUGAAUGCCACUUUUUGUCAUUUACGAAUUCUCAGUCGUGCUGCUCGUCCAUAUCUUCAAUGCAUUUCUGCACAAUCCCGUACACGAUAUUCUAUAAGCUCCUAA